AUGGCUUACACACAAUACAGGUCUCCAUUUGGAGACACAACUUAUACGAAGGUAUUCGUUGGGGGUUUAGCUUGGGAGACUCAAACUGAAGAAAUGAGAAGAUAUUUCGAACAGUUUGGAGAGAUUCUUGAAGCUGUCAUCAUCACUGAUAAGAACACCGGAAGGUCUAAAGGCUAUGGAUUCGUGACAUUUCGUGAUCCAGAAUCAGCAAAAAGGGCUUGUAUCGAUCCAAACCCAAUGAUCGAUGGGAGGAAGGCUAACUGUAAUAUUGCUUCAUUUGGUCGUCCUCGAACAUCACCACCUAGAGGUUAA